CAAUGGCUGCAACGCCUACAGCCUGUUCCAUACCAGCCUAAUCUCAAGGGCCCAACGCUCAUUUCUGACAGGGAGCGAAGACUCCUGAUGCUCCGGACAUUCCCCCACUCAGUAACUAGUACAGACGCCUUUCAGAUUAGGCUACUGCAUCAAAUAGAUGGGCUUUUUAGCCGCUCUGCAGGUGUUUCAUACCAGGGAAAACGAGGCCCAUUUGGUACAGUACACAUAGGAUUUAACAGAGCUAAUGGGAACAACCAGAAUUAUCCGUUCCUCACGGCUUAUCACCAGCAGAACCAAACCCUAGUCGACCAGUUCCUGAAUUCACAGGAAUUUCAACUCAUCAGGUGUAUUCCAAAAGUACAAACAGGUUCAGCAGUUUUGGGAGGCCUAUGAGCCUCUUCAGGUGAAAACCGUAGCCUCCUUGUUCUUUAGCGUUGCCAUCAAUGCACC